CUCCGAAGCUAACGUUAGCUAGCAAGCUGUCAAGCUGUCAAGUGGAGAGGCUGAGGCAGACGUUUCAGCUUCCCCCUGGCUUGGCCGCACAGAGCUCCGGCCCACAAAAUCACAAGAAAAUCCGUUAGAAUAUUCUGAGAUAAUGUAAUGCAUCACGGGCGCACGCAAAGAGGGAGCUCCGCACUUACACAAUUUAUAUGCACUGAGUCUUGAGUGACGACUGCUCACUGCUAGCUUACUGGCUAGCUAGCUUAGCUAACCCGCCGCAAACCCCUUAGUUUCGUCGGUGCACCCUUUCUGGUGUGAAACGCGGCCAGUCGGUCCUUGUCCCUGUCGCAGCUUCCGUCGCUGUGAACCGGCAUUUUGAUUAUUUGAUUAUUAGAGGAACACAAUGGGUGCAUUUCUGGACAAACCAAAGAUGGAAAAAUAUAAUUCCCAUGGUGAAGGUAACAACCUUAGGUAUGGGCUGAGCAGCAUGCAGGGCUGGCGGGUUGAGAUGGAAGAUGCACACACAGCAGUCAUUGGUCUGCCUCAUGGUCUCGACCCCUGGUCAUUCUUUGCUGUUUAUGAUGGGCAUGCUGGCUCUCAGGUGGCCAAAUACUGCUGUGAGCACCUGCUGGAGCACAUCACCACCAACUCAGACUUCCAGAGUGCUCUGCAGGAAGAUCAAUCAGUGGAUAGCGUGAAGAAUGGAAUCCGCACAGGAUUCUUGCAGAUUGAUGAACAUAUGCGAACCAUCUCCGAGAAGAAGCAUGGUGUUGACCGCAGUGGCUCCACUGCAGUAGGUGUGAUGAUUUCUCCAAGCCAUAUCUACUUCAUCAACUGUGGUGACUCACGGGGGCUCCUCAGCCGAGGUGGAGCUGUGCACUUCUUCACACAGGAUCACAAACCCAGCAACCCACUGGAGAAAGAAAGAAUCCAAAAUGCCGGUGGCUCAGUCAUGAUCCAGCGAGUUAAUGGGUCCCUAGCUGUGUCUCGGGCUCUGGGAGACUUCGACUACAAGUGUGUGCAUGGAAAAGGCCCAACAGAGCAGCUUGUUUCUCCAGAGCCUGAAGUUUAUGCAAUAGAGAGAUGCGAGGGGGAAGAUGAAUUCAUUAUUCUAGCUUGUGAUGGCAUCUGGGAUGUCAUGGCCAAUGAGGAACUGUGUGACUUUGUGAGGUCAAGGCUAGAGGUUACAGAUGAUCUUGAAAAAGUCAGCAAUGAAAUUGUUGACACCUGCUUGUACAAGGGAAGCCGAGACAAUAUGAGUGUUGUGUUAAUCUGCUUUCCUGGAGCCCCAAAGGUAUCUCCAGAAGCAGUGAAACGGGAGGCUGAGCUGGACAAAUAUCUGGAGGGAAGAGUAGAAGAAAUCAUCAAAAAGCAGGGAGAUGAAGGUGUCCCGGAUUUGGUCCAUGUUAUGCGGACGUUAGCAUCUGAGAGCAUCCCCAAUCUUCCUCCUGGAGGAGAACUGGCAAGCAAACGAAGUGUUAUUGAAGCGGUGUACAACAAACUCAACCCUUACCGAAGUGAUGACACAGACUCUGCAUCCACAGACGACAUGUGGUAACACAACCUCCUACCACUAACACAGCAUAGAGUUUACAAACCACCAUCCUCUCAAGACCCACAGCUGCUCAGCUCAGCAGUCUGUCUCUCCGUCACUCUGAGCUUUUGGUUUCUAAGAAGGGAAUUUCAUGGGAGGAGGAGAAGGAGAAGGAGGAGGAGGAGGAGGAAGAGGAGUUGCAUGCACACAAACCUGGAAUAGUGCAGCACCAAUUCACUCUGGAGUUCAGGAUCCCCACCGUCUUGUCUCCCCUUUAUGUUCACCCACCUUAAUAUUCUCCUCUAAAGUAAUCCAUAACAAGUGAGUCCACAAGGUUUUCUUUCUUUUUGUUAAAUAAUCGGCUUAAGUAGUAAGAUUUUUUUGCUGUAAUUAAUUUGAUUCACAUUUCCUUGUGUGUGUUUGUAUAUUUCUGUUUUUGUGAAGUGCAAUUGUCCUGUACAAACAGCCUGUAUUUAAUGCAGCUUGAUUUUAAGUUAAAAAAUGAAAGAAAUGGAAAAAGAGAACCUUUGAUGCACUAUCUGCCUUUUCCUGCUCUUCUGGAAUUCUAACAAAUGUCUAUUCAGUGAAUAUUACCGCUUGUCCUCCAGGCACAAUGUCUCUGCGCUUUUACUUUACUUUUUUUUUUUUCAGUUAGUCUAUGCUCCUUUAAGAAACGGGUAAAUUGUAUAGUUGACAGCACAGUAAGCUCUCUAUAUCAGACCAUUUAAAUCCUAAUUAUUUUUUUCCCUGUGCUUUUUUUUUUUUUUAAAUUGUAUUUUACUUUUGUAAGUGGUUUUCUGUACAUGCUCAAAUAAUACUGGCAAGGUGUUUCUCAAUCAUUUCGAAAGUAUCAAGUGGAAAAAUAAUCUUUUUUUUCAUUUCUGCAAGGUAUCUGAUAAUGAGUCCCAUGUUAACUUGUUUGUCUGUGCAAAUAGAUACUUGCAAGCGUGCGUGGGUGCUUGUGUGUAUGUAUGUGCGCACGUGCGUUAGUGGAAAGGCAGAUCUGUAUGUGCAACUCUAAUUUCAAUUUGAUGAGGUGGUUCAGACAACAAACCAGGCUGGAGUUGAAGGGAAUUGCUUUCCCCAUGCUUACCCAUUGUUGGCCUGUUUUUUGGGGGGGUUUUUUGCAGCUAGUGUUGCAUAUCAGCCCAACAGAGGCUUUCACUACUUUCUAAUUCCAAACCAGUUUGGAUAGCAGAGUUUACAUGGUGUUACUCAUUGGAACAACUUCACGCUAUAUUUCCAAACUUUACCGUAACCUGGGAUGACACAACUAGUUCAAUUUACCAGAGGUGUACAAAGGUUUGCAGCUGGUCAGGUGUUGACUGGCUUACACAUCUAUCGUGUCAUAUUUAAAUACACAUUUCUAAGAAUACAUCGAUACCAGUGACCACUGUGGGUGCCAUAUAAUUUUUUUUUAAUCUCAUUUUUCAGCUUUAUGACAGCCUAUGCCAAGUUUAUUUUUUUCCCUUUUUCAUGAGAUUCAGUUUUUGUAUGUGGUACAGAUAGAUUUUAACAUUUAACAUCGAUAAUUUGACUGAUGUUAACAGUUAAAGCACUGAAUAUUUUAGACAGAAUCACAUAUUAACAGGCCAAAAGUAGAAAGAAAUUGUAGGCUCAUAAACUUACAAGAUAAUUUUCAUUAUUUGGACAUUCACACCAAGAACAAAUGCGCUAACUGCAAUGAGUUGUCAUGGUUGUAUAGCACCUUUUUAUUCCCAUCAGGUUUGCUCUGCUUAAAACUCCCACGGCACCACAUGCCCCAGCACAAUGCAGUUUGCUGCUAUAGUGUAUGAUCUGUGGGUUAACUUUUUUCCUUAAUUUCCCCUCUGAAGAGAUAGCCACUGCCUAAAUCUGUAUUUAACACACGCAGUAGAUAUAUUUCUUGAAGAGAAAUGGUUUUAUUUCAGAUUUAUUUUCUGCCAUUUUUUUUUGUCUUGCAUUGUUGGAAAUUUAUGUAUGUAUAUAUUUUUGACUUAAAUUUUCAAGGAAUAAAUCAUUUGGCUUGAGCUAGUUUUUUGCCAUUGACAAAAUGUGAUUCUGGUUUGUCUUGAGAUGGUUAGCUACAGUUUUGUGUUGUGGUAAACAAGUGUUUCCCUCUAAUCACUUUGGUGUCCCUGUGAUCAACAUUGAAGAUUUGAACAGCUCCCUUUGUGUCAUGCAGAGAAAUUAUAUACUAGACUUAUAAUUCUUAAUCGAAAUGACAAUCCUAACUGUUUCACCACAUUUAGAUUUGUGGUGAUGAGAUAGUUAUUAAAUCUUAAUCCCGAAUUAGCUGCUUUCUAAUAUGCUUUUAUGGCAGAAAUGCCAAAGACAAAGUCACAGAUUAAAGAGAAUCUAGCUGUAACCCUGCUAAAGACAAAUGUCAAGCUAUUGAGGAUGAACUUCAGGAGGGUUUUUGUUUGUUUGUUUGUUCCCAUUAGUUGGCUUUUAAAGGUACUCUGUGGAGUUUUUGACCUCUGUGAUGUUGUAGAGAGAUGUUUUGAUGAGCAGGUCUUUGCUCUACAAGCACUCACAAACAAGGACGAAUGUGCAGGACAAACAUAUGGGGGGCAUGAAAUGUACAUCCGCUGACUGCAGGGGGCAGUAAUGUAUAUAUAUCAACAGGUGGUGUCAUGGUAACAUGGCAUGAAGACACAUUAAAACUCUACAGGACCAGAAAAUUAGGUUUAAACUGCUGAUUUCAAACAACACAAAAAAAGCCUAUGAAAAUGUUGUGUUUGUUAUUGAAAAGGUUGGUAGGCCUUAAAGCAAAAUGCAUUUUGCUAAUAAAUGUUGAAUGUAACCUAGUUGUAUUUACAGUGGAGACUCCAUGGGGUACCUUUAAACAGUCGUCUACAAAAAGACAUAUAACAUCAGUACCUUUUAGGUAAAGUGGUAGCUGACUCAAAACUGUGAACAUGUCAAAUCAGGAAACGGAUUUUUGUGUUUUGCAUGAAAAUGUAGUUUCACAUGAAUAUUCCUUUCCAUAAAAAAAAGCAAAUUGCAACCAAAACAAACAGCUGAACAGCAACAUUGUUUUUUUGAUUCGCAUCUUUGUUUUGAAAUUACAAUAUUGUAUUUCUACCACAAAACUUACCUUAAUACUUGUAUACUUCAUGUUAUGUAAAAUGCUUAAACUCAAUUUGUUUAGUAUGUUUGAGGGGGUCAAAGUAUUUGAAAAUGCUUUUUUUUUUAAAUUUAGCUAAGCAGUUUAUAUUUAAUCUGUAAGCUAUUUAUUUCACUCUGCAUAGCUUCUGUUAAGUAAGUGCACUAAAUGUCUCUUACCUAACAUUUGUCAGCACCCAGCUGCUUUUUGCAAACCUGGUAGGUAUUAAUAACUCUGAAAGGAACAUUUCAUGCGUUUUUCCUUCAAGCUUAGUGAGGAACAAACAUAUUUCUUCAUGUGUUGAGGCAGUUGACAACCACAUGACCCUGGCCUGUCCUGCAUUUUGUCAUUGCAAUUUAGAAUUCAUGACAUGGCCCUUAGAUAAUGCUGGUUGAUCAUCCAUUUCUACAAUACACUCAUUCUACAGAAUAAGGAUUGUAGAAUUUUUUUUUUUUUUUUUUUUUUUUUUUUUUUUAAAUAUUAAUAAUUGCUGUAGCUGGAAUGUUAGCAGAUACUGACCGUGGAUUGAUUAUGAUUUGUCCCCAUGUGGGUGUUUUGUUUCAAUUUUGUAAAAAAUUACCAUUAUUCCCCCUAAACUGAACAAAAAAUUAUCCCAAGUAUAUAUUAUUUUUAUUUUUCAUUAACUGAAAUACCUCAUAACCUUUAUAGGAAGUGUUUUUGUCUUUUGUCAAGCAGUUCACUUUAAUGACAGAUGUUUUCUUAUGUUUCCUUCCCUGAACCUCCUAUUUUAACACUGAUCUAUUGGAAUGGGAUAUGGUUGUGCUCAUGUGCAGUGUUUGACUGAAUUGUGCUGAUGUUAACAAAUCGAGUAAUGAUUUAAGAAGCUACUGCAAAUGAUGACUUGUUUUAGGAGCUAGAAACACUAUUGGCCUUGUCCUACAAGCUGCCCCACCCUAAACAAAUCCCCUUAAACACUCACCUGUGUAAUUUCACCUACUCGUCCACUCGUGUGAUGCUCACUUAGCUCAAAUCUAUAAUUGUAUUGAGAGUUCAGGGUUUUAGAAAUGUGAGAUGUGUGAGAAAAUAAGUGUGACUAAAUGACGAUAGUCAUAUGCACUGAUCAUCUGUAUAGUCAGCUUUUCUUUCUUUUUUUUUCAGAAAAUUGUUAUUGUAGAAAAAAGAUUAUAAAGCUAUUUACAGAGUUACCUUUGGUUGCCUGGAAUCCAUCCUGUAUAUUCUUGUAUGGAGGACUACCUGGCAGAUGUUAAAGAGAUUUUAAAUGCUUGCGCCCUCUUGUACAUAUUGAUGUACCUCAGUUGUGGCGUUUACUGUGUGACCCUUAGCAGUGGUGGUUUAUUCGUCCCCUUACAGGGCGGCCUGAGCCUCACUUUGCUGACCUUUUUCAGCUCAUAAAUAAGCUCACCGAUUUGCCUUACCCAAUCUCAUCUUGCCCCCUAAAAUGCUUGUUCCACAAAACACUAUGAGGCAAAUGCCACUGACAUUACACUCUGACAGAUUCAAAAAUCUUGUCCAUUUUAAGGUACUUAAGCUAUCAACAACGUGACUUUGUCCUGGUUGUCACAAGGUACAACUUUUCAAACAUCGCCGGUUUGUAUUCUGUUUUUUUUUUUCCAUGUUACCGUAUUGAAUCUCGGUCUUGAAAGCUUAUUUAAUUUCCAUUGCAGAUGAUGUCAUACUUUUAACAAAUGCAAGUGUUUUAACAUGGUAACCUCGUAAGCAUUCAAAAUGUGCAUACAUACAUUCAUGUCUGCUCUAUUUAUGAUUACAUUCAAGAAUAGCUUUAGAGUGCUGUAGUUAAGUAUUGUCAAUGUUGAUUCAAAUGCUUCUCAGAGGCCUCUGUGAGUGAUUUUACAAAGUUCAAUAACUGUAUAUUUUGUAUUAUGUUCUAGCUCCAAAGGAAUGGCAGAAAAAAAGACAUGUUUAAAAAAGCUUUGUUCCCUGAACUAAAUUGUACUAUUUGUGUUGUCGAUUGAACAAAUUGCAUUCCUUGCUUGUGAAUAGAUGCAUUUUUCUCCCUGCUCCUUAAAUUUUCUCCCCUUUCUUUCCCUCCUUUCUUUCAUUUUUUAGCCUUUGAAGUUUGAAUAAAAUUUCUAGUUUGCAGAAUGUAUUACUAAAUAAAUGGGUUGUCAUCUUGUA